CAAUUGAAUGAACUGCUUCGUACGCAUAAUAUGUCAAGAAACGUUUUAUCGCGGAUAAAUCAUUCGUGUAAAAUAUUCUCGCGUCGUUUCAACUAUAAUAUAUGCGAAUCUAAGGUAAUGGAAGAAUCUACCUGCGAUCGAAGUGAACGCGAACAGGAUAGUUGCAGGUUUGGAGCCAACAACCGAGCUGACAGUUCCUGUCGAAAAGCCAGGCCACACGAUUCUACGAUGUCGAGUCUUGAACGCGAUCAACUGGGGCAGCGGGGCCCAGGAGACGACGUCUGUGCCGGGUUGACCCGCGGCCUGGACCACGUCAAGAACCCCCAGCUGAACAAGGGAAUGGCUUUCACCAUUGAGGAGAGGCAAACUCUUGGCAUUCACGGAUUGCUACCUGCCGCCGUGAAGACUCAGGAGGAACAACUAGAACUGUGCCGUUUAAAUUUGGACCGAUACACCGACGAUCUGUCGAAGUACAUCUACCUCACUGGAUUGCUGGACCGAAACGAAAGACUUUUCUUCCGUCUCCUGGGGGAAAAUGUCGAAAAGAUGAUGCCCCUGGUCUACACUCCAACGGUCGGUCUUGCCUGCCAGAAAUUCGGACUGAUCUAUCGCAGACCCCGAGGUUUGUUCAUCAGCAUCCACGACAAGGGUCACGUUUACGACGUCAUCAAGAACUGGCCCGAGCACGAUGUUCGAGCGAUCGUUGUAACCGACGGCGAACGUAUCCUUGGCCUGGGUGAUCUUGGGGCCAACGGUAUGGGAAUCCCGAUUGGAAAAUUAUCGCUUUACACGGCCCUGGCUGGCAUAAAGCCUCACCAAUGUCUGCCAAUCACCCUGGAUGUCGGCACUAACACUCAGUUACUCCUGGAUGACCCGUUGUACAUUGGUCACAGACACAGGCGUGUCACGGGUCAAGAAUACGACGAAUUCAUCGAAGAGUUCAUGCAGGCGGUGGUGAAACGCUACGGCCAAAAUACUCUGAUACAAUUCGAAGAUUUUGGCAACUCGAACGCGUUCAAACUGUUAAACAAGUACCGGGAUAGCUACUGCACGUUCAACGACGAUAUUCAGGGCACAGCAUCCGUCGCAGUUGCUGGUCUUCUCGCUUCCUUGAGAGUUACAGGGACCAAACUUUCCGAGAACACAAUUGUCUUUCAAGGAGCUGGAGAGGCCGCUCUUGGUAUCGCUGGACUCUGCGUCAUGGCGAUGCAAAAAGAAGGUGUUAGCGUUGAAGAUGCAAAGAGCAAGAUCUGGAUGGUCGACUCGAAGGGUUUGAUUGUGAAAAAUCGUCCUGAGGGUGGUCUUACGGAGCACAAGCUGCACUAUGCUAGAAAUCACGCUCCGAUCAGGACCCUUGUUGAUGUGGUGAAGACCGCGCGACCUACGGUUCUCAUUGGUGCUGCAGCCAUCGGAGGUGCAUUCACAACUGAAAUACUGGAGGAGAUGGGAAGGAACAAUGAUAAGCCCGUAAUCUUCGCUCUCAGCAACCCCACGAGUAAAGCCGAGUGCACUGCGGAACAGGCUUACAUCGCUACCAAGGGCAAAUGCAUCUUUGCCAGCGGCUCACCCUUCCCUCCUGUGACUUAUGAGGGUAAGACUUUCCACCCUGGCCAAGGCAACAACAGCUACGUUUUCCCAGGAAUAGCUCUUGGGGUGGUGUGUGCUGGGAUGCGCAUCAUUCCUGAGGAAACAUUCCUGAUGGCUGCCGAUGCCCUCGCUGCAAUUGUCACAGAGGCAGACCUUGCCAGCGGUGGGUUGUACCCACCCCUCAACGAUAUUCGAGAGUGUUCGCUCAAGGUAGCAGUGAAAGUAAUGGAAUACGCCUACAAGUCUAAACUUGCGACGGUUCAUCCCGAGCCAAAAUCUUACGAGGACUUUAUCAAAGCACAGCUGUACGAUACGAAGUACAAACCGUCAAUACCUCCGACAUAUCCUUGGCCAGCUCAGUAGCGGGCAAAAAAUAAGGUGCCUAAUAAAUAUCGCGCAACGAAAAAAUACUGAUUUUACUUGAACACAACAAUUUUCAACGAUCACGCGCAUUUUUAUCGGUGUAUAUAAUGUUUACGUGUAUACUAUUUAGAUAUAAUUAAGACGAUUUCAAUUGGCAUAUUUUAUUUAGAGUUAAUUGAAUUGGUUUUUUGUAAAGUGAAAUUGUGGAUAAAUCGGAAAUUGUUAGGUACAAUACCUUACGGUAAUAAGCUCCUAAUGUUAAGUGGAGAAAAGAAUUCAUCUACUCAUGUAAAAUAGACUGUGUUUUUAAUCAAUAUAUUUUCUUUCUUAACUUU